AUGAACUCUCGUCGCAUCGGUGUCCUCGGCGGCGGCCAGCUCGGCCGCAUGCUCAUUGAAUCCGCCCAUCGCCUCAACGUCUCUGUCGUGUGCCUCGACUCUGAUCCGGCCACCCCGGCCAAGCAGCUCCUGGGCCCUCCCGUGGCCGGCACCAUUGACUGCGGCGCCUUUUCGAACGCGGCCGACAUUCGCAAGUUUGUCUCGCAGUCCAAGAUCGAUGUCCUCACAGUUGAAAUCGAACACGUCGACACCCAUGUGCUCGACGAGCUCGAGGCCGAGGGCAAGGUGGAGGUGCACCCGGCACCAAGCACCAUUCGCGUGAUCCAAGAUAAGUUUGCGCAAAAGGAGCAUCUGACCAAGCACGGUGUGCCGACGUCCAAGUACGCGCCAGUCCCGAGCGUGGAGAGCCUGCAGUCGCUGGCUAAAGAGUGGGGAUUGCCGCUCAUGCUCAAGAGCAAGCGGUGGGCGUACGACGGCCGCGGAAACUACGCUGUGCAUUCCGAGGAGGAUAUCGCCAAGGCCUACGAGACUCUGAACCCAAAGGCCGAUCCCGAAGCCCUGUACGCGGAAGCUUGGUGCCCGUUUGAGCGCGAGUUGGCCGUCAUGGUUGUGCGGGAUCGCCAGGGACAUGUGGUUGCAUAUCCGACUGUCGAGACGGUGCACACGAGGAACAUUUGCCAUGUUGUUGUUGCGCCUGCGCAGAUUGAUGGACUCUUGGCGGCAAGGGCUCAGGAAGUGGCAAAAAUGGCUGUUGCAAGCUUGUCUGGAGCUGGCAUUUUCGGCGUUGAGAUGUUCUACUUGGCCUCUGGCGAAAUCCUCCUCAAUGAAAUCGCUCCUCGCCCCCACAACUCUGGUCACUACACCCAAGACGCAUGCAACACUUCUCAAUUCGAAAAUCACGUGCGCGUGCUCGCCGGCCUCCCAAUUGGCUCGACUGACCUCAAAGUGCCAUACGCCGCCAUGCUCAACAUCCUCGGUCACGUGCCGAUGGGCGACUUGCAGCGGACCCUUGCCUCUGCCCACGCCUCGGUCACGGUCCCAGGCUCCACGGUGCAUUUGUACGGGAAGCCGGGCUGCCGCGCCGAUCGCAAAAUGGGCCACAUCAACCUCGUUGCACAAACCUUCCCCGAGUUGCAAUCGCGCAUGGCCCAGCUGCUGGCGGCCGACCUCGGUGUCUCUGUGGACGAUGCGCGCAACGUGAUUUUGCCGUCUGCCCUCCGGCAAGGUGCGCCCAAAGUGGGCAUCAUCAUGGGUUCGGACUCUGACCUGCCCGUGAUGCGCGCCGCGGCACAUAUUCUGCGCGAUUUUGACGUGCCGUUUGAGCUCACCAUUGUGAGCGCCCACCGGACGCCGUUGCGCAUGGUCGAGUAUGCACAACAAGCGGCCGCACGCGGCAUUCAGGUCAUCAUUGCCGGCGCGGGUGGCGCUGCGCAUUUGCCUGGCAUGGUUGCUGCCGUGACGCCGUUGCCUGUGAUUGGUGUGCCUGUGGCGCUCAAGGUGUUGGACGGUCAGGAUUCAUUGUACUCGAUUGUGCAAAUGCCCAGGGGCGUACCGGUGGCAACGGUGGCGAUCAACAACAGCACGAAUGCGGGCUUGCUGGCAGUGAGGAUGUUGGGCGCGCAGUCGAGGUAUUACAGGGAAAAGAUGGCAGAGUACUUGAAGAGGCAAGAGGCCGAGGUGCUGGGCAAGGUGGACAGGCUUGCACAGGUUGGGUGGGAGGAGUACAAGGCGUAA